UUCGAUCGCAGGUCGUGUUGUUAUUCUCUCUGGUUCCUGAGGGUUUACUCGUCCAGGUUGAAUGGAAGGGGGCGAGCUGAGGAGCCGAGCCGAUCCGGGCCCGUCCAGACCGGAUCAGGUCACCAGGGAGAGCAGCACCCAGACUGACAGCCGGGUGCAAGGUUAUGGCCCCAGGUUAUCGAAGGUCAAUCUCUUCACCUUACUGAGUCUGUGGAUGGAGCGGUUCCCUCAGGAGCAGCAUGAGGACGAGGACCACAGUCAGAUCCGGGGGAUGGGCUUGGUGGUGGUGCAGGACAGCAAGGUGCUGGGACUCCACUGUUCGGGCGCCGAGCUCCACGCCGGGCAGGCCGCCAUCAUCCAGCAUGGCGCCCGCUUGGCUGACUGUCACCUGUACUUCUCCAGGAGACCCUGUGCCACGUGCCUCAAGAUGAUCAUCAACGCUGGGGUCAGUCAGAUCUCCUUCUGGCCCGGUGACCCUGAGGUCAGCAUGCUGGGCUCCACCCCCACAAACCAUGGGGACCCCCGCUCCCACAGUCUGCCGGGCUGCGUCACGGAGGAGGCCGCGCUGGACGCCGUGGCAACGGAGAAGCUGAAGUCCAAUAGCCGGCCGCACAUCUGUGUGCUGCUGCAGCCGCUGGCGUCGGGCCUGGCUCAGUUCCUCCAUGAGACGUCCAGAGAGUGCGACUUCAUGGAGAAGGUGGCUGAUGAUGAACCAGGGCUGAACACAGAGGAGCUCUACAACAGAGAACGGACCAGACACCUGAAGGAUUUCUCCAGACACUUCCUGGUCGGGACGCCGCAGCAGCACCGGGACAUUCUGAAGCAAAUGGGUCUGGAGAACUUCUGCGUGGAGCCGUACUUCUCCAACCUGAGACAGAACAUGAUGGAGCUGGUGGAGGUUCUGGCUGCGGUGGCUGCCGGGGUGCCGCUGCGACGCCACGGAUUCCACAGGGAGCAGAGUUCGACCCCCGAGCAGCCGCUGCCUCCUCAUCAUGAGGGCGUGUCCCAAGAAGUGGCUCGUCACUGCAUUAUCCAAGCCAGACUGCUCGCCUACAGAACAGAGGAUCCUAAAGUGGGCGUGGGCGCUGUUAUCUGGGCCAGACGACUCUCGCGGAGGAGUUUAGACGGAGUGGGACGUCUGUACCUCUUGGGUUGUGGGUACAACGCCUACCCAGCCGGCUCGCAGUACGCAGAGUACCCGCAGAUGGACACCAAACAGGAGGACCGACAAAGACGCAAAUACAGAUACAUCGUCCACGCGGAGCAGAACGCCCUCACCUUCAGGACUCGAGAAAUCAAAUCGGGGGAGGCCACCAUGCUGUUUGUCACCAAGUGUCCGUGUGACGAGUGCGUGCCUCUGAUCAGAGGAGCCGGCAUCACACACAUCUACACCACGGACCAGGACAGGGACAAAGACAAAGGAGACAUUUCCUACCUGAGGUUCAGCAGCUUGAAGGACGUCAGCAAGUUCACGUGGCAGAGGAGCCCUUCACUUUGCUCGGCGUCCUCUCCUGACAUUGCCAACGGUUGCGUUGGGAAGCAGAGCAGGCGCACGGAGGAGGAGGAGAGCCACAGCAGCAAGAAGCUGUGCGUCAACAGGCCGCACAACCCGCCGUCCGUCAGCUGAGCAUCGCCCCGGACAACCGGACAGAUGGACGUACCAACCAGAAAGCUCACGUGCCACAGAUCAGAACAUUCAACGGUUCAAGUUGGGAGACGCAGGGCUGGGAGUUGUGUGUGUGAAGCUCUUCUCCCAGUGAGAGACAAGAAGAAGCUGCUGAGCUUCCUCCAGCACAAUGACCUCAAUGGGAAAUCAGUAAAACAGAGGGAGGGAUGAAAGAGGAGAAGAGUGUCAGGACUAAAUGGCUGGUUUUUAAAUGCAUGGGAUGAGGGAAGGAAAUAUGGGGACAACAAACAAACAAAUAUUUUAAUAUAAUAUAAACUGUGACAUGUAGAUUUAUCUUUUUUUAUAUACAUAUUUAAAUGGUGAAUAGUUUAUUUAAACGGUGUAAGGUUUCAAUGUCAUACUGAAUGUGUGUGUGUUUGUACGUGAGUGUGUGUGUCACUUCUAUUGAAGUGAAUAAAGUUUAAAA